AUGUCAUCAUCAUAUUUGACUAUCUUUUGCAUCAUCCUCGUUUCAAUUUUUGUUCUUCAUCAAUGUGAAAACAUGGAGGAGGAUCUUGAGGCAAGCAAAAUAGUUGUACGUCUAUCACCGUGCGCUCGAAAACGUUGCAGCUUUAGCUUAUUCAAGAAUUGUCAUUGCUGCAGAGGGAAGUAUAAGUACUGUUCAAAGAACAUAAAAGUAUGCGAGGCUGAGUGUCUAAGACUUAACCCGCCAGGGUCGCCACCUUCUCUACAUAUCUGA